CGUUGCUGUUGUUGCCCUGUGCUAAUUCUAGUCUUCCUCUUCUUUUCCUGCAAAAAAAUACUCGUCAAAGUAAAAUCACCUCUCUUUCUUCCCUUCUUCCUUAUAGCCUUUCUUUUCCGUUUGGAUAGUUGCGUAUUUUCUCGCCGCCGGAAGUCUCUGUUGUUCAAUCAGAAGCAUGGAGGAUCGCAAGGAUCAGAAAAAUGCUCCACGGCUAUCAGUGCCACAGUUUGGGGAUUGGGAUCAAAAGGGGCAGUUGCCAGAUUACUCUCUUGAUUUCUCAAAAAUCAGGGAAAUGAGGAAGCAGAACAAGAAGGAUUUGUUAAGAGCGAGUCUUGGAAAUGAAGAGGAGCUCAUUAACCCAGCUGCCACCACCGCAAGCACCAACACUGCAAGCACCACCGCUCCUAGCAAUUAUCACCAUGGUUAUCCUCAGAACCAUCACCAUGGUUAUCCUCAGAACCAUCACCAUGGUUAUCCUCAGAACCAUCACCAUGGUUAUCCUCAGAACCAUCACCCUCCAACAGUGAGGAGGAGCUUUUUCAGCUACUUCAACUGUUGUGUGAAAGCCUGAGAAGCUUCUAUGACUUUCAGCCCAACAAUGUUCUUAAUGCUACUCGUAGUGAUAUACUGUAUCGCCAAGAGUCCUUUCUUUUGCUUUUCUUUUUCUCAUCUUUUUUUAACCCCUUCACCCCCUUUGUUUUUUUUAGAGAGAAAGCAAAUGAUGAAUAGAUGAUGCAUCUGUGAAAUAUGUGAUGAUUGAUUCUCUUGUUGGGGCCAUUAGAAAUCCAUGGGAAUUUAUGUUUUCUUAAUGGAACUUAUUGGAGAAGGUCAAUGAAUGUUGUAGCUUUGAAAUUUCAGACUGUUGAAUGCUUCUGAAGAUUUAUUAGGUUUUGAAUUUUCAGUCCCUAUGUGUAUCUCCUCCCACAAAUCGAAAAACUUGAAAGUUUU